UUUGAAAAGAACCCGGAUGUUCUCCAUUGUGUUUACCUGUCAACUGGAUUUCGAUUGCGUUCGACAUAUUGGCACGAGAGUAAUUAUUCAAAUACGUAAAGGUCUUUAAGGAGGUCCGUAAAAUCGGUAAAAAUGCUUGGAGGUUCCAUGUUUAGAUCAAUGGAAGAAGACCCAUUUUUUGCUGGGCACAGGGAACAUAUGAGAAGGAUGGAUUCCCUCUUUGCUGAUCCUUUUGGGAUGAUGCAGCCCCAUAUCCAGGCUCCAAGGCAGUUACAGCUGGAAGCACCGAGAGCCCAUGCUCGGGUUGGGAAUGCAAUGGUCCCCCAAGGAUUCAUGGACCCCAUGGACAUGUUUGGCUCCUUUGACAGCAUGUUCAGUAAUAUGAGGAAGAAUAUGCAAAGGAUGGGACAACAAUUUUCUAUACAGAAUACCUUGCAGCCUGAUCCUAAUGCCCACAGUUUCAGCCAGACAUCAUUCAUGUCCUACUCCAAUAUGCCAGGUCAGGGCCAACCCAAGGUUUACCAGUCUUCUUCAUCCACACGUGUUGCACCUGGUGGGGUGAGAGAAACCCAAAGAACUCUGAGAGACUCAGAAUCUGGUGUGGAGAAAAUGUCCAUUGGACAUCACAUCAAUGAACGAGCUCAUGUGGUGGAGCAGUCACGCAACCACCGAACAGGACAACAGGAUCACAACGAGGAUCUCAUCAACCUUGACGAGGAUGACAAACAGGCAUUUAAUGCAGAGUGGCAAGGAAAGAUGAAGAAGCAAAGACAUGACAGAAACCGUCUGGAUUAUGCCCGACGAGGUGAGCGCUCACAUGAACAUCGACAAGAGAGAUCAGAACGUCAUGGAAGUGGACGCCAGCUUGCCAUUGAGAGUCCCAGAGAUCAUGCCCAAAAAGACAUAAGGAGACAUGAACACACACACCGAUACAGGGAGAGAGAAUAAACUAGGAGUGCAACAGUGGGUAAUAAGAAGAGUGAAGAAUGAGAGCUAAACUGAUCCCACCCAGGGAACUUUAUCAUGUGAUACAUGUACAGACUCAUGGGAAAUCUUAUAAUGCACAGCAGUACAAUUAAUAGGAGACCACCUUAUUAUCUCCACAUAAUUAAGAUGUUGCCUUUUUAGGUAUAAAACUGAUAAGGAUUAUUCCUGUCACAUUUAUCAAAACUAUUUAAUACAGGAAAAUUAGAUAAGACAGGCUUGUACAAUUUGAUUGUGACUUUAUAUUACCUUGUCUUUACACACUAGUGUGAAUAGCUAAAUUUAAAUAUUACUAGUGAUGGUAAUUAGUUACAUUUUCAUAAUUUAUUAGGAGUUGCACUCAACCAGUCCAUCACUAAUUAGACUAGAGUUGGUUGUAUAUACUAACUUAAGAUUAAUUUAAGUUGUGUGUUUCUGUUGUUGAAAAUGUAGUCACCUUUUAAUGAUGUGUAUCCAUCUUUUCAUUAAGUACUAAACGAUGGAAAUCAUGUGUGUAAAUUACCUCUAAAUAAAAAGUACUAGUAAACAUGAGCAUUUUAGAGAUAGGUUAUAUUAAUGUCAUUCUACAUCAAUUCUGAAGCUUUGGAGGGCUGGAUUUACCAGUUCAACUUUAGCAUCAUUAUUAGUUUUGUUUUCAUUGUUGACUAAAUUUUGAGCCCAUCACAGAGUAUUAUUAUAGGUUGAUUACUGAUUCAAGCUAAAGGUUAAUAUUUCCUAUCUCAAUCUACUCAAAAUUUUACAUGCUUUUACUCAUCUUGACUCAUUGUUGAAUGACAUUGUCCGUUUAUAACUUGAUAUAGUUGAAAAGAUACAAAGGGACGUUGGUGAUCUGGUGGUGUCCACAUGGACCUUAUUUAGUGUUGACUUCCCUUUGUUAUUAUCCUGUAGAGAACACUUCCAGUGGGAUGCAAACUUUUCUUGGUGUUAUGCAAUCACAAUUUCUAGAUUUCUUCAGAUUAGUAAUAAAUUAUUGUGUAGAUGUGUUUGUAAUGUCAGCACUAUACUUUACAUGUUGGUAUGAAAAAUGUAAGUUUAAAUUUUCAUAUGGUUAUUUUGUGAUAUCUAGCAGUGUUUGUAUAGGGAAACACGUUUUGCUGGAUUAAAGCUUAAGUUGUGACUUUAAAAGGGAACUCUAUCAAAUCAUGAUCAGUCACAUUUGUAUGACCAAUUAAUUUCCUGAUUUAUUGAAUUAUAGUUUUCAAGAAAAUCUGCAGAAUUGAAUUAACUUCACUUGUAUUCUCCGCUUUGAUAUUCAGUGUACGUAUUUGAUGUCAGUGGUCAGUAAUGUUAAGUUAGUAAUGGAACUACAACCUCGUAGAAGUGGUAAGUAAUUAUCGUAUAUAGCAAUGGACCUACAGUGUACAAACACCUUAAUGUGAUCAGUAAUGUUAACUAAUUAGGGACAGAACUACACAUUUUCAUUUCUUGUUUCACGUUUUAUUCUACCAAUUUUCCAACAUUUAACCCCUAUGUAACUUUAGUAGACUCUACCAUGCAUUGAUCUGGAUGAGUCCAUUAUGGUCUGCAGUAGCGGUUAAAAGCCAAUCAGAUACAGUUCUAAUAUCUAAUGUGCUGAUUAAGGAUGGUUCUUAUUCCAUCUUUUUGUAUUGCAGAGUUAUCUGCUCUUGUGAGCAGGUAUUGAUUGUUACGUCAUUUGUUUGUGAGAGUAAC